UAUGUAUGUGUGCUACAGAAGGGGAAAUGCAUUCUGCAAGAGGCUGCAGAGUGUACAAGUACAGAAACUGGUCUGUGAGCUUCAGUAAGAGUAGGAUGCCUUGCUACACAGUGACCGUCGCUACGGGCAGCCAGUGGUUCGCUGGUACAGAUGACUACAUCUACCUGACUCUGGUGGGGACGGAGGGCUGCAGUGAGAGAACCCUGCUGGAUAAGCCCCUCUAUAAUGACUUUGAGAGAGGAGCGGUGGACUCCUAUGACAUCACUGUGGGGGAGAACAUCGGUGACAUCGUACUGAUCAAGAUUGAGAAGAAGAAAUACUGGGUGCACGAUGACUGGUACUGUAAAUACAUUACAGUGAAGACCCCCUCUGGAGAUUACAUCGAGUUCCCCUGCUUUCGCUGGCUGGUGGACGACAAAGAGGUGAUUCUUCGAGAUGGCCGAGCUCGAUUGCCACAGGAUGACAAAACCAGGGUGGCGAAACAACACAGACGCAAGGAGCUGGAGACCAGACAAAAGACAUUCAGAUGGAAGGAAUGGCACCCUGGCUUUCCCAUGAGCAUCGAUGCUAAAGCCCACAAAGAACUGCCACGAGACAUCCAGUUUGACAGUGAGAAAGGUGUAGAUUUCAUCCUCAACUACAGCAAAGCGAUAGAGAAUCUCUACGUUAACCAGUUCAUGCACAUGUUCCAGUCUUCCUGGGGGGAUUUCUCUGAUUUUGAGCGGAUCUUUAUGAGGAUCAAGAACACAAUAUCAGAGUACGUGAUGCAGCACUGGAAGGAAGACUUCAUGUUUGGAUAUCAGUUCUUAAACGGCUGCAAUCCUGUCAUGAUCCAGAAGUGCACACAAAUCCCAAAGAAGUUUCCUGUGACACAUGAAAUGGUGGCUGACUGCUUAGAAAGAGACCUCACCCUGGAAGAGGAGCUUAAAGCAGGAAACUUAUACAUAGCAGAUUACGAGAUAAUGGAGGAUAUAACCGCGAACGCUACAGACCCAUGCACUCCACAGUAUUUGGCUGCACCAAUUUGCUUGCUUUACAAGAACAGCCAGAACAAGAUUUUGCCGAUUGCCAUACAGCUGAGUCAAAGCCCAGGAGAAGACAGCCCCAUCUAUCUCCCCAGUGAUGAUCAGCAUGACUGGCUUUUGGCCAAAAUUUGGGUGAGAUCGUCCGAUUUUCACGUGCACCAGACAGUGACGCAUCUUCUCAGGACCCAUCUGAUAUCAGAGGUGUUUGGCAUCGCCAUGUUCAGACAGCUGUCUGCUGUUCAUCCAGCCUAUAAGUUGCUUCUGCCACACAUUCGUUUCACAAUCGCCAUUAACACCAAGGCACGAGAGCAGCUCAUCUGUGAGAAUGGACUCUUUGACAAGGCUAAUGGUACAGGAGGAGGUGGCCAUGUGCAACUCGUGCAGAAGGCCAUGAAGACUUUUACCUACAAGUCCCUGUGCUUCCCAGAGUCUAUAAAGGCUCGUGGUAUGGAGAGCCAAGAAGAGCUGCCAUACUACUACUACAGAGAUGAUGGCAACAAAGUGUGGGAGGCGAUCAAAAGUUUUGUGACAGAUAUGAUUAACAUCUACUAUGCCAGUGAUGAGACAGUACAGGAGGAUGAGGAGAUACAGGCAUUCGUCAAAGAUGUCUGCAGCUUUGGAAUGCAGGAUUUUGACUACUGUGAGUUCCCUAAAUCAGUGCAGACUCGGGAGCAGCUGGUGGAGUAUCUGACCGUCGUAAUCUUCACCGCUUCUGCUCAACAUGCCGCCAUCAACUUCGGACAGUAUGACUGGUGUUCCUGGAUUCCAAAUGCUCCCCCCACCAUGCGGAACCCCCCUCCCACCAAGAAGGGCCAGACAGACAUGAAGCUCAUAGUGGAGAGUCUGCCUGACCGUGGCCGCUCCUGCUGGCAUCUUGGAGCAGUGUGGGCCCUUAGUCAGUUCCAGGAAAACGAGUUGUUCUUAGGCAUGUAUCCUGAUGAACACUUCAUAGAGAAACCUGUGAAGAAGGCUCUAGAGACUUUCCGGGAAAAACUGACUGAGGUGUCCAAAUUAAUCAAGAAUCGCAACGAAGGAAAGAAGCUGCCCUAUUACUACCUGUCCCCAGACAGAAUCCCCAACAGUGUGGCGGUGUGAGCCUGCACAUCUGGCUGAUUUAAAAACAGUGGUGAUACAUUUGUUAGUUCAUAAUUUAGUUUAGAUGCUUGGAUUUCUAGUCCCUCUCAUUGACGUCUUUACCGUUUCUGUUUGUUCUGUAAUAUAGAUGAAUAUGAAAACAAACACAGUGAAAUCCUGCAUUCUGUCAAUUAUGCUGUGAAUUGAUUGGUGUGUUUUUGUUGUUAAAUUUUUAGCUAAUGAAAAUUUAAAGCGCUUUUUUUCUCUUGUUUUUGUGUCUCUUAUCAAAUAAAGUCUUACUUAAAAUGUCA